GGAUGUACUGGGUGACAAGUAAAAGAUACAAGGGUUCUUCUAGGAUGUGAGCCGGCAACCUCCGAAUGAAUUGGCAGGUGGUUGCACAAUGGAAAUAGGAAAUUGACACCUGUCGCUGAACGACUCGCAUGGUUGUCCUUUCCGCAACAGCAGCCGACCUAUUGUUUCCGCGAUGGUUAUCGACGCGCCUUUUGGCGCAAAAGGAUCAGUAUGUCCCUCACCCUUCGUAUGUCGGUUUCGAGGGCUGGUAUACUAGGAUACAAGACGAAUCGGCGGGACUCUCCAUCAUCCUGAUUUUUUGCUCUCUUGGAGACUCGACGCCAUCAGGUACUCCUCGGAAGCACUAUUUCCAUUUCUCAGUAACGCCUAUUGGUGACUCGUCUACUAUCGAGCCGGUCGAGUUCCACUUAUUCCCUGAUGACCUUCAACAUAUCGUGGACUCCCUGCCCGAUCCAGAGACAGGUUUGCAAUCAUAUACUUUGAACAUACCUAAUAUUGGAAGCUUCACUGUGGAGCCAAAGACCCAACGUUAUAAUCUCACCGUCCCAUGUGGAGAAAGCUCUUCCGAGCACUGGAAAGUGUCCAUAAACAUAACGGAUCGUGUUCCAUUAUCGCAGGAGCACCCUCUACUGAGUACUCCGCACAGCAUGACCCUUUCAAGACUGGAAACUUUACUUCCAUUGCAUUGGGCAAUUUUCUCAACCGGAUCAAAGGCAGAUUACGACGUGAAGCAUAUCGGCACCGAUGGGGUGGCACAUAUGGAAAAGAACUGGGGCGCAUUGUUUCCAACUGGCUGGACAUGGUGUCAGGCAUUUGGCGCAUCCUCGCACGAUCCCACGCAGACAUUCGGUGACCAUCGAGACAAUGCGACGAGAGAUUGUGUUGCCAUUGCGGGUGGUGUCCUCGCUUUGGGUCAAAAGGCAUAUCUCAUCCAUUACAAGGAUUCAGGCGACGCCUGGCGCCCUCGUUAUGAACGUUCGAUACAUCCAAGUUAUUCAGCGAAAGAUCAUGAAAGUACUGAAAAUUCUGGUCCUAAUGACAAGCAGCAUAUCAACUGGACCUUCCGCCCACUAUGGACUCUGAUUCUAGCACUCCCGUAUCCCGUUGGUAUCCCACGAUUCAAGAUAUCGCGGAAGGAUCCAAUGGCAAAAAAGCCCUCAUUGUUCAAUACUUUUGACUCCUCUGCUGGCCGUGGGUCAACAUUGACGUUUAAUUUCUCCGUCUUCGGCCUCCCUGCGUUAUCCCUCAUGAUCCUUUAUGCCGUCAUCCAGUUCUCCCCGUUUGGAUCCAUGCAUGAAACGUUCACAUACGAUGAACGCUCAGGAUUCGGACGAUUGCAGCUUAGCGCCGCAACCCUUAACAGACGGAUCCUAAUCGAUGCACAGUCAGAGUCGCGACCUGCCACUCUCAAUUCACAAGUACAGCCUAGGUGGCUUGCGCUGCAUUGCCCGAUGCCUGGUGGGCAUGCCACACGUGAGUACGAGUCAUUCACAGCAAGGGCAACGAUAAGAGCCUACAGGCGCCAGUGGAGAUUUGGCUGGCCACGAUGGGUCGAAAUCAGGAACGUCGAGUUUGAACACGCGGCAUUGGAGUUUGGAGGAUUGUAUGCUGCGAUAGCAUGAUCAGCGCCUCAAUAAAUCAAAGACGCCAAUAUGAGACGAGUUUAUUAUGACUUGCGGAAAACUGUGCCCUUCCAGUUGCAUAUAUUGGACCCUGGCUGCUCACCUUCUAUAACUUUAUUCUAAAUUGUGCAGAUGUGUUAUUCCGUAUGCGGGGGUCGGAUGGAGUAUAUGGCUCAAUGGCCACCCCAGGUUGAUGCUGAUACAUCGAGAUCACAAUAAACAGUUGGAUAAAACGUUGCUCUUUCCUGGCGUGCAUGAUUCUGGGAUGAAGUCAUCGAGAACUGCUACCGUGGGUGGAGGGUUUAAGGAUACUUA